AUAAACCCUCUCAUUUUCUUCCAUUGAAUUGAAUUUUCUGCGCAGGAAAAAAAAAAAUUCACACUUUUUGUUCAUCGUCCCUAUUCUUGAAUUAUUACACAGUCCAAGAUUACUACUUCCUUUUUUCAUGGUGUUCUUAUCUUCACAAUAAAGCACAUUUUUUCUUAUUUUUUUACUUUUUGUCCAUCUUUUUUUUUAUAUCCUUUCCAUCAGCCCAUCUGAACAUACUUGGUCAAAAACAGAUACAAGAACACAAAGGCACCAAACUUUAUUCAACCCUCGAGCUUCAAUUUUGCCUGAUUUUACCAUCAAAGAUCGCAUUUUUAUUCGUGCCCGUGUUGAACCAAACGUUUUUUUUUUAAUCCGGGCACCGGUUGAUUUUUCCGUUGUCAGUCGGUGAAUAAAAAANUAUUUUUCUUUUUAAUUCACUAUGGCCAAGAACACUUCUUUCUCAAGCCUCGACAAAUGGAGGGACUAUUUCCGUACGGCGAAUUCGGACAUCUUCGACAUAAUCGAGAAGGCGAUAAUGGUGGCCGCCUCCGAUUGUCCGUAUGACUUCAAGCUGAAGAGGGAUCGUAUAGCGGAGUUGCUCUUCGCCUGCAAAAUCACGAGGUGUUUUGGGUGCGAGAGGUUGGAGCUGGCGAUUCCCGGCGGCGGCUGGCCGGAGAAAAGCGAGGAUAAGUACAAGAGUGGGGUUGAGGCCGGCGGGAGUAAGGACACGAAGGAGAGUAAAGUGAACAGCAGUGACAGAUGUUGUAUUGACGAUGGUGAUGACUGUGAUGAUGUUAAUCACAGGGAGGUUAUGGAGAUGAAUAUGAAUCGGGUUAGGGAUGAUAGUUAUGGUGAUGUUGAGGCAUUAAAUGAUGAAAUUGAGGAGGAAUCUCAGUUUUAUGGGGAGGUUUUGAGGAUUAAGGAAGUUCUUGAUAAUCAUAAAGAAGAGUCUGAUUCGUUUUUGUUUGAUUCACUGAGGAAGCUUCAGCUUAUGCCUCUGUCUGUGGAGACUCUCAAGGCUACAGAGAUUGGUAAAUCAGUUAAUAUCAUGCGGAAACAUGGAUCAGCUGAAAUUCGAAAUCUUGCUCGGUCAUUAAUAGAGGAAUGGAAAAUAAUGGUUGAUUCGUGGGUUGAUGCUACAAAAGCCAUUGCAGAUGCCGAAAUUCGACCAGAAUCUGUGAAAACUUCGGUUGUUGAAGAAGAAGAGGAAGAAGAAGGACUGCCAUCUCCUCCUUUAGAUGAAGGAGCUUUUUUCACUACUACUUCAAUGGAGCUUUCACAGUUCUUUGACGGCAUGGAUGACGAUGGAAAUCCUCGUAACUGUGGGGAAUUAAACAAUAACCGAGAAAACGGUAGAAAUAAGCUAAAUGUCGAGAAAACGCGCGUUUGCGUGCCGAAAAACGAACAGUGCAGAAAUCGAGAGACUGUGUUGAAAAAACCAUCGCAAGAACAAGCUCUUCCUAAACCGAGCAGGCCACUCGGCAGCCAACGUGGGCCGGGUUUGGCGAAACCAUCUAACUACGAAUCGGGCCCAGGUAGACCUAAGUCCCAACAAAAAUUUGAAACGGGUUCGGUUAAGAAGAAGCCCAUGCCGACUCAAAAGGAGAAGCUAAAUUGUGAAAACGAAGCUUCGGUUCACAUGAAACUCGAGGCGGCCAAGAGGAAACUGCAAGAACGGUACCAAGAAGCCGAGAAUGCCAAAAAGCAACGAACGAUACAAGUCGUGGAAUUGCGCGACCUCCCGAAACAGAGUGUUGUUCAAAGGAAUCAACAAAUGAGGCCCGGCAACCACAAUAACCGGAACUGGGCAAACGGGCGUCGAUAAAUUUAUUAUUUUUUUUCUUAAUGUAACUUUGUAUAUACUGAAAUAAUUUUGUAAUAAUGAUUUUUCGAGCUGUGUUAGCACAUUCGCGGGUUGGGCGAAUGG